GCAAACCGCUUACAUGUGUUUAUCCUAGGCGCUGGCGAAACGUCCACGGGAAGCUGAGCAGGCAUUAACACUGAUGAAGGAUUACAAUUUGCAACCAUCCACAAAAUGCUUUAAUCAUCUUAUGGAUGCUUAUGCUAAUGUGAAAGACGUGGAGAGCGUGAUUGCGACUUUCAAGAGGAUGAAGGAAGAAGGAUUAAAGGCUGACAUAUACACUUAUGGAACCUUGAUCAAAACCUUUGUUCAAAGCUCAAGAUUGGAGGACGCCUUUGUGAUCUUUCGGAAAAUGAAGACAGCCAAUAUGAUUCCAUCUCAGCCUAUUUUCUCCAUGCUCUUGAGUGGAUGUAUCACCAUGCAGGAUAUUGACAGAGCGUGGCGGGUGUUUGAUGAGAUGCGACUUGCAUACCAUCAACCGGACGAAGUCAGUUUUACCUUGAUGCUUCACGCAUGUGCCGAGCGAGGAGAGGUGGAGCGUGCUUUGAAUCUUUUUGAGGACAUGACAAGCCAGCAUCUUUAUCCAACGGAUGUGACUUUCAACGUUCUCAUCAAUGCAUGUGCGAAACGAUCCGAUUAUUUCGACGAAGCAUUCAGCCUACUACAGCAAAUGCAGGAAAAUGGAUUUAAGCCCGAUCGCAUAACUUACAAUACCUUGCUGAGUGCAUGCGCACGAAAGAAACAUCUGGCUUUAGCCCGGGAGAUUUAUCGUUCCAUGCUACAAGAUACGGACGUAUCGCCUGAUCAAUACACUUAUGCAAACUUUUUUUGGUGUUACGCCAGUUUCAAUCCACGUCCAGCCAUCGAAAACCAGGCAGCCGAAGAUGCACCCGUGAAGCAAGAGCAAGAUGAAGAAUCCAAUAGCCUCGUUUCGCACUCUAUUCUCUUCCCUCAAUUGCCGGAUCGACGAUCGAAAGUGGUGGCCGAGGCGAAGGCCGUCUUUCACUACAUGUUGCAGCAACAUAUUCCCGUGAACACCCCUUUACUGAACGCGUACAUCUCGACACAUAUUUCGCAAAAGCAGGAUCGCGAAUGCUUACAGCUUUAUGAGCAAUUCGAUGAUAUGAAGGUACAGCGUGAUGGUUACACCUUCUUAUCCAUGCUCCAGUUCUGUUACAACAAGCGAGAUGCAUCACUGGCUUGGAAAGUUUGGGAGGAUUAUCAAGACUUUCUCGAAAAGCGAGCUGCCAUGUUCCUCCCCUCGGAUGAUCCUCUGCAGGCGAAACGAAUUGCCAACGAUCGUACUUAUGCGCAACACAGGGAAGGAUGGUCAUUGCCACAACAACGUGCCCUUACGCUUCUGAUGGCGAACACCUUGGCAAAGACCAACGAUCUGCAGCAUAGUUUGUCUCUUCUGGUGACUCACUUUAAGAAAGGCGGGCCAUUAGCAUCACUUGCGAUAAAGUACGAGGAUGUAAAGACCAUUCAUAACAAGUGUAUACAACUGGAAGACAUGGAUGCCAAGCAAGAAUUGAUGUCGCUGUAUGCGCCUCGACGUCCAAGAUUAGCCCCUGCGAAAUACAGACGUGUCAACAUGUAGAUCCACCUUAUCAUAGACAAAAUAGAAGCACCACCGUAAUUCCAUAACAUAGUGUCAUUUGUAUUUUAUAUCAAUCAUUUUUUUCUUUCUCU